AUGGGGAUAAACGCUAAAAUCCUCGAAACUGGAACUAUCCGCAUCCGACCCAGCCACCGUUAUCAAACAGCCAACAAGCCGAUAUGGUUGCGCCGGCUGUCGGUUGCGCUCGAUCGAUCAUGGACGAUCCCGUUGCCUAUCAAUACGUAUCUUAUCGAACAUCCUGAGGGAUACAUCUUAUUUGAUUCUGGGGAGUCGCCUCGCACUAUGGAACCAGGAUAUUUCCCUAUCUGGAUGCCCUUCUACCAUCUGGCUGUCGAUAUCCACGUACGAGAGCAUGAAGGAAUUGGUGCCCGGCUCGCACAGAACAACCUUCGACCAGAGGACUUGAAAGCUGUUGUUCUUUCUCACCUGCAUCAUGAUCAUGGCGACGGGCUUCCGGAUCUUAUUGGGCCACCGAUUUACAUUACCUCUGAGCACUGGGAUGCUUACAAAAGCCCAUUUCAUGCCACUAUGGAAGGUGCUGUUCCCGGACAAUGGCCUAAAGGUUUCGCACCCGAGAUCAUUGAACCGACAGGAGGACCGAUUGGGCUCUGGAACCGUAGUUAUCCAAUCACCAAAGAUGGCAAAGUUGUUGCCAUUGACACGCCUGGUCAUGUGCCUGGUCAUCUAUCCUUGAUCGUAUACGGGGAAGAUGUAACAUACCUCCUCCUUGGAGAUGCCACCUAUGAUCAAGACUUGCUUGAUCAAGAGCUUACUGACGGCGUCAAUAGCAACCCGCAUCUUGCUAUUGAAUCUUUGAGGAAAGUGAAGGAGUUUUCAAAACAGCGGUCGGUAGUAUUGCUGCCAGCCCACGAUCCAAAAGCUGCUUGGCGUUUAAAGAACAAGAUUGUUUACAAACCAGGAUUAUCAUCUCGAGAUGUAGAGCCAGCAUCUACUGGGAUCUUUGGGCUUUUGCUUUCAUUUCUAACCUUCUUUGCAUUCCUUAUUGCACUGUUUCGACGCGUAAGGAACUAA